AUGCACGAAACAGCAGCCGCACUGCGCGAGUGGCACGCUCGCCUGCUGUCCUGGGAGGCAGCGCAAACGGACCCCGGACGAGUUGCGGAACCGAGCGGGGCCUCGGAACUCCGUAUCUUGUGUAAGCUGCUGUUUGACUCGGCUGCGAAGACGCUUGAGUGGCAAACGAAGCGGCGAUGCCUGGGAAGGCGCGCAGCGGCUUUGCGAUCAACGCUCGGCGAACUCAAGCGAUUGAGCAUCGCCGGUUUCGAUCUCGAGCAAGUUUGGGCCGAACUCGAAACACGAAACCGAUCGUUAUGUGCAGCUGCGAGGAAAACGCUUGAGCGAAUAGAAAGUGAGUUUGCAACGGGCGGCGGAAGCGCUCAAUGUAUAGAGGUUGCUUCUACCGCGGACACAGCGCCGAGCCAGGAUAACGGGACACUGAAGCGGGUACGCUUCGAUGACGAGCGCAAUGAAACGCGGGAAUUUGUUCGGGACCAAGACGAGGAGGUUGGCUGCAUGUCGCCAAACUUUUUCUUCGAUGACGAUGACGAUGAAAAUGACAAUGAUGAAUUUAUCAUCGGGCAUGCGAUGCUGGAGGCGUGCGAUACCAUGUAUGAUGCUGGUUCGUCGACCUCAGACUCCAGUGAGCGGGACGAAAUGGAUGAAGCAGCGUGUGGCGACUUUGGUGCGAACGUCGGCCACGAAGCGCUACGCAAGUUUGGCCAUACGAGUGCGGAUAUGGAGUUAAACUCGCUUGCGUCAGAUGCUGCUGCGUCGGUGAAGAGACGCGCCCUGAGUACGAACGCGGCGUCCGUAGCGGAUGAAUCGGCACCAGACUGCCUGCUCUCUGACGAAUCGAAUGAAAAAGGCCCAGGUCAUAGCGAUACCUGCGAUAACGCCAUUGAAUCGGCGCACAAUGUUGCAGCGCCUGAAGCGAACACCGCCGGUGCAUCUGCCUCCGGUUCCGAGGCCCAGUCCCUGCCGCAGCACUCCAACGCAAACAAUCGCAGUGAAGCGUUGCCGUCGCAUGUGGCCCAGUUGGACCCCUGGAUCGAGCAGACACCAGAUGCGUCAUGGUCAAGCGCGGAAUCACCAACAGCAAGUAUCGACAACAUAGACGAUGCCUCGUUAGAUUCGUUCGGGACAGAUGAUGACUCAGGCACACUGGAAUCCUCAGCUUCUCCGGAAGAUGAUGUCUAUUACGAGCAGUUUUUCGGCUCAGAGGCAUCCGACUCGUUGCGCUCCGAUGCAUCGCCACGCGAGCAAUCAUUUCCACACAGAAAGCGCAACCAAUAUACAAACGCUACAAUGGAUACCAAGUCGCAACCGGCGGAGAAUAGACACGACAGCAAGCACAACGCACACAAGCUUUCAACAGCGGCGCCAACUCUGGAUAACACGUCCACGUGCACACCAGUGACAACACCUGAACCCGCCCAAACAUCCGCGUUUGAACGGUGCGAGGCGCUGUUGCGAACCCGAGCCCGUUCACUAGAGAAAUUUAACCUAGAGGAGAAGCCCUGGCAGCUUCGCGGUGAAGUUACCGGUCAUGAGCGCCCCGUAGACUCCGUCCUCGAUGCCGAGCUAGACUUUGAUCUGUCGGUGGCGCGUCGACCGCGCAUUCGCACGCACGCCUACGAGGCAGCGCUCGCAGGCAACCACGUCGAUGAAGCGGCGAUCUCGGAUCGCGCUGCAGAUUCAGACACGGACACGUCACAGGACACGGACACGCAUGUGCUCACGGAGGCGAGCAUCCGACGACGUGUCCUGCAACGUGUCCUUGAUCAGGCGUUCGAUGAUGUGCAGCGGCGCGUGCGGCCUUCGGCGGCGGAUGCUGCUGCUGCUGCUGCUGCUGCUGCUGCGCCUGAUGCUGGCGCAUUCGAGCUAUCGCAGGAGCGCUCAGCGCAGGGCCUCGCUGAACUCUACGCCGGCCGCGACGCUGCCACAGCCGGGGCGCAGGGCAUCGUGCGUGGCGCCUCGACGCAGACGCCGAAAUCGCCCCGGAAUCCGCUAGAGCAACAGGUGGAUGCGUUGUUCGGGGAGCUGGCUUCCGCAAUCGCGACACAGACUGAGGUGGCAGAGCGAGUACUGGAAACCAGGUCAUUCGCGGUCGCGGACGGCUGGUCAUUGCGACCGCAAAAGCUGGUAUCCGAUGCGACACAAACGGUUGCUGUCGGAGAAGCGCCUUGGAUGGUUUUGGGUCGUGGCGAUGUACCGGGAGCGGAGGCGGCGGCGCUUGCGGAGCAGCGCGUCGCUCGCGAUCCAGUCCGUGAGCAGGCCUCGCGCCUUGGUGUCGACACCGAUGCGUCACUACGGCUCAAGCAGGGCGAUACGGAAGCGUCGCGUUCGAGUCGUCGGACGCGGCGAAAUCGCCUUAAACGACUGGUGCGCAGUCGCCUGCGUCGAAAGCGUGAAACAGCCGAGCAGCGUCAGCGUGCAACCGAGUGGCUCCAGGAGGCAGCCCUGCGGGACUCGAUUGCGGCCUGGGAGGCCAAGUCGCGCGGCCGUUCUCGGCAUGAGUCGCGUAUCGCGGGAGAGACGGAUCGUGAUCAGCAGGUCGUUUACGAGCAAGCGCUGCGGGUGGUACAACAGGCACAAGCCCAGGCCGAUGCCCAAGCUCGCGCACACGUCAGUCGCGGUCAAUACGCCGGUAUUCGCAUUCGAAAAGCCGAGCAUGUCGCUGAGCAGCCAGCUCGCGGCAGCACUGACCCAGCGCACACGUCCAGCAUCCAAUGUGGCGGGGCGCGGCGCACUCGGCGUCUAGAGCCUGGUGACGACCGCGUACAAGCAGGUGGCGGCAGCGGCUCCGCGACACUCUACCUACAGCUUCGUCGCCAAUUAGAUCGCGAGAUUCAACGCCAAAAGACAUCGUCUUUGUAA